CAUCCCUGGUUUUAGCAAAUCAAGAUGAUAAUCCUGAUAUAUUCCAGCCUUUAUCUUUUUCCGGUUACUUCUGCUUUUAUUGGUCCUGGUUGUACGUCUAUUAAUCCGUACAAUGGAUUCCUCAAUUUUUAUUGCAAAACAUCCGUCCUUGGAGUAGACUACAUCGGAAUAAUCUCUAAAAGCAAAUCUGGUAGAACAUGUCAAUUCUGGAAUCAACAGUCUCCUCAUAAACAAACUGCUUUUAAAUACCUCCCAGGAACACCUUCUGCUCACAAGAAUUUCUGUCGUAACCCUGACAACGAGCCGGGGGGACCUUGGUGCUACACGACUGACCCAAAGGUUCGAUGGGAGUACUGUGACGUAACAUUUUGUCAUUAUGAAUGCAAAUAUUCUAAAUUGGGAAAAGAAUAUAUUGGCUUAAAAGCAAAGACAAUAUCUGGUAGUACAUGCCAAAGAUGGGAUAGAAACCACCCUCACAAGCAUAACAAUGCAGACCGAUUAAGUGGUCCUGUUUCCUGUCAUAAUAACUUCUGCAGAAACCCGGAUAAUGAACCAAACGGUCCCUGGUGUUACACGACUGAUCCAAAUGAAAGAUGGGAAUAUUGCAGUGUACCAUACUGCGAUGGUGGAGUAAAAAAGUUUUGAGAUAGAUAUUUGGAGGAACAUUAACUUAAAAAGUCAUUUUUGUUGUACCCUUCCAACACAUUUGCAAUAGCAUUUUGGAGUUGGCUCUCCUUUUUGUCUUUGAAUAAG